AAAGGGAUCAGCAACCAAAGAUCCACUGAGAUCAAAGUCGAGGGAGACGCCCCCCGGCUUAGGCUAAGCUUAGCGCCCAAAUGCCACCUGAAGACCGACGCAGCGGGCGACCUGCUCAAGGGUCCAAAGAAGUUCAAGCGCCUCAGCCCGGCAGGGGAGACCCUGAUGGGUAAUGACGAGAAUGCUCGAAAAAGAUGUUUGGUAAUGAGGGGCACUGGCCACCUUCGGAGGAAGAAGGGGAAAAAAAAGGGAAAAAGUGCAGGUCAUAAAAUGGUGGAUGAUAUGGGAAAGGGGGUAAAUGCAUCAACUGAGAUCGACACAGGGGGUACGGGGACUCGGGCACCUCAGAUUGCAGGGGUACUGCUUAGCCCAAUGGCGGCGCGCAGCCUGCUCGCCUGA